AUGCUCCCACACGAUGCUUACCGAUCUGUCCGCCUGGCGUGUAAGAUUGCAGACACACCCGCCUUGCCUCAGGCCGCUUUGGAGAACUUGGCCAGGGCGCGCGUGAAGCCCAAUCGCGUGUCGUGGGUGUUGACCGUUCCUGCAUGCUGCACGGCGCCGGCGACAAAGUUCAUGUCGGAUGCCGCCAUCAGGGCCGGCCUCAUCAACGGCGAAGAUGAUGCGGAGCAUCUUACGAUAUGCAAGGAGCCCGUGGCCGCCUGCCUCGCGCUCGAGGACAGACUGGACUGGAGUGUCAACGACAUGUAUUUGGUGGUUGACUGCGGAGGAGGCACCGUGGACAUUUGCGCGUUUAAGCUCGCCCAACUCGGCCCGCCGAUCCUCGAUCAAGUGGGAGACAACAUCAGCGAAUCGUGGGGUUCCACAUACGUGGACGAGCAAUUCCGCGUCUUCCUCAUGACGUUCGCUGACUCUGUCGCCCCCCGAGCGGGCCACUUCCAGCUCGAGUCGUUCGAGAGGGACGGCAUGUACAAAGUUCUGCAGAACUGGGAAGAAGCAAAAGUUGGCUUGAGUGUUGACAAACCCGAGUGCAGAAUCGACAUGAGCGAGAUGGUGGAAGCGUUGGGUGUGAGCCAGCCGGCGAUGGCGAUGGACACAGCCCGAAAAAAGACCAACAACGGAGGACAGGACUUGGUGGGCGGCUCUGGGACGGAGUUGGUCUUGAAGCCGGCUCUGUUGACACGCUUUUUCAGGACACAGUGCGACAGGAUUGCGGGGGCGGUGUCGGAGAAGCUAAAAACGGAAGAGCUACGGGGACUUAAGUCAGUCGUCAUGGUGGGCGGAUUCGCGGGCAGCAUGCAUGUUCAGGCGGCGGUUAGGAAGAGUGUCCUCGAGGAGUACCCCAACAAGAGCGUUCAGGUGGUAGUUGCGACAAGUCCCGAUCUGGCUGUUGUGCAAGGGGCCGCGCUCUAUGUCGGUCCCCUCGGUCCAAGGCCGAAAUACCCGACCUCCGCACCUGAGAUGAAUGGAAUCACCUGUGGCUCGUCGUACGGCAUUCUCACCUCAGGGCGGGGGACCUGGGACGCCAAAUUCUUCGAGGCUGUCUUGCUCAAAGGCGAAGCCUACCCGAAUGGCCACACGAAAGAUUUUGACUACACCGUGGGAAGCGACUGUAAACUGGCAUUCGGCUCGUGCGGCGCUAGCGAGGUGAAGGAAGGACGAAACAGGUUGGACAGCAUCGGUGGUAUUGGAGCGGUGCACAUUACGGUCUCCGAGACCAUUCCCGUACCAGGGGGUUGGGACAUGUGCUGCUGUAGACGCUCUACGUCUGCGGUUGAGCAAGACGAGAACGGCAUCAAAGAGGGCGAAACCCCGAUCAAGGUGGAGUUUACCAUCAUAGGAGUCGUCCUGCAUGUGAAAGUCAAGUCGAAGAGAGGCCGCGUCCUCAUGAAGCAAGUGGUACCCGGUUGUGGGUCUUAGCAUCUGGCGUCGUCAUUGAGUUCUGCGUCGCU